AUGACCGAAAAUCGCGAGGCCGCCAGACCAGGAUUGGUUCGGCCGUUCCACACUCGUGCGCGAAAAUGCCGACUGGGUUAAAAUCUAUCUGAUUAGGGAUCUUGUAUAUCUGCUUAGCUAUUGUCAUGCUCGCUUCUAGUAUCCUUUUCGGCGGAGUCAGCGCCCUAGCGCUCAUCUACAUCAUCCAGAGGGUUAUACACUCCAUCCUAUCGCCGCUACGGUCUGUCCCGGGACCGUUCCUCGCGCGAUGGACCGACGCCUGGUAUCUGUGGCAAGUGAGGAAAGGAGAUUGGGAGGUCCGGAAUAUAGAAUUACAUCGUGAAUACGGUCCCAUCAUCCGGUAUGGUCCUAACCGCUACAGCAUCGCGGACCCAGAUGCCCUGGGUACUAUCUACGGCCACGGCACGCGCUUCACCAAGUCCUCAUGGUAUGACGCCUGGAUGACGCCCGGCGGCUGGAAUCUCUUCGCGGAUCGCUCCAUUCAGCGCCAUGCCAGCGCGCGCAGACAGCUUCAGAGCACAUACUCGAUGACUUCACUGGUGUCCUACGAGCCCUACGUCGACCAGUGUGCCGAGAUCUUCUCGGAACGUCUCGUGGAGAUGAACAAGGCGGGCUCCGUCGUCGACAUGGGACAUUGGAUGCAGUGCUAUGCCUUCGACGUCAUCGGCCAGAUCACCUACGGCGAGCGCAUCGGGUUCUUGGACCGUGGCGCCGACAUAGGCGGCAUCAUGCGCACGAUCGAGAACGCGCUAGCCUACGGGACGCUCGUGGGAAUUUAUUCGCGCUUCCAUCGCUUCGCGUUCGCGGUGGUGAGUUUCCUCGCGGGCAAGAAGGGCGCUGGCAGAGCGUUUGUCGAGGAGCUUUCGAAGGCGCGGAUCGCCGAGGAGCAGGAGAAGCGCAAGGCCGCGGGGUUGGAGGGCAAGGAAGUAGGUGUCGGCGCGGAGCCGUUCGUCUCGAAGUUCUUGGCGAAGUACGAGCGCGACCCUGAGACGUUCUCCAUGGCGCAUGUCAUGGCGGGCUGCACGGCGAAUAUGGCGGCUGGCUCGGAUACGACUGGUGUCACGCUCUCGGCUAUUCUAUACUUUUUACUCAAACAUCCGGAGUGUCUGCGAAAACUACGCGAGGAGAUCGAAGAGUAUCGGGCGAAAGGAAUUCUGUCUGAUACUUUCGCCUUUAAGGAGACGCAGCAGAUGCCGUAUCUCCAGGCCGUCUUUAAGGAGGGCUUGCGGAUGCACCCGGCAACAGGUCUACCCAUGGAGCGAGUUGUGCCGGACGACGGCGCGACUAUUUGUAAUCGCUUCUUUCCCGCGGGCACAAUUGUCGGAAUCAAUUCCUGGGUAGCGCAUAGGAACACUGAAAUCUUCGGCGCAGAUGCCGACGAGUUCCGCCCGGAGAGAUGGCUGACGAGCGACGGAGACAAGCUUGCGGCGAUGAAUCGUCAAUGGAUACCUUUCGGCAUGGGAUCUAGAACUUGCAUGGGUCGGCAUAUCUCAACACUCGAGAUAAACAAACUGAUCCCGCGCGUGGUCCGUGGUUUCGAUUUCGAGCUAUCUGCUAAGGAUUCUAGGGAUAAAUGGUCUACUCUGAACUGUUGGUUCGUGAAGCCUCAAAUGUUCGAGGUAAAGGUUAAAGCUAGAAAGCCCACUGCUGUAAGUCAAGGGUAGGUUAAGGGCUGAUGGUCGGAAGCAAGUGACUCACGGCUACAUUGUUCUUCCAACUGGAUGAGGCUAUUUCUGAGAUCUACUAACACGGUAUGAUCAAUCGACUCAUAUAAUGCCUACUGUACAAUACUGCUGCUAGGAUGUCUCGUUCACAGCGUUGUAAAGCUCAUGCAAUAUCAUUUCAAUUAAUGAAUCUACUACUCAUUUUCUGGCAUCAUCUUAUAACCUCGAGGAGGUCUUAUUGCAUUUCCUAUUCAAC